CCUGUAACUGCUCAAGUUCCACAGAGAGAGAAAAUAGUGACUAACUAAAUGAGCAGUAGAAUAAUACUAGUAGUAGUAUAUGUGAGUAAUGAAAGCAAGCGAGUGAGAUCCAGCUUUCUCUCGUGAUCUCAUCUAUAAUCGACCCGACCUAAGCCCUUAUUCCCCGCCUUUUACGCCUCGGUCACUCCAACCCUCCUCACUAUUCUACUCUUUCUUUUCACAAACCCAAUCUCUCUUUCUUUUCCAUUGCUUAUUCGAAUUCAGCUGUUGUUCUGAAGCCUAGCAUUUGCAUUUUGCUUGUUUGGUUUCAGAUUUAAAUCUGUCUUCAAUGCUGUUUUUUUUUUUGAAUUCUAACGUGUAUUAAUGCCACGGAUUUUUAGGUUAAGUUAAUGUCUAGUAUAUACCAUUAGGCCUCUGCUGCACUCUGUUUGGCACGGGCUUGUCUUCUACUCUGCUUUGCUGGAAAGGAUAUUUCUUCUCAGUGGGUAUCUUGCUCGGAGAUUAAGGCUAUAAAUUCAAGAAUGUUGACUUGUAUAGCAUGUUCAAAGCAGCUCAAUACUGGAUCUCUACGUCAACCCGAAGAAGAUGAUACAGCUGCAACACCCAGCACAAAGCAAGCCAUUAAAGCCCUUACUGCUCAGAUCAAGGAUAUGGCCAUUAAAGCAUCAGGAGCAUACAAGAACUGCAAACCAUGUUCAGGUGGCUCAAAUCACAACAACCAGAAACCUAGCUAUGCUGAUUCUGAAACUGGGUCUGUUUCCGAAAGAUUUCAUUACUCAUAUAAAAGGACUGGGAGUUCAAAUUCAACACCAAGGAAAAUGAAAGGGAGAUUGAAAGUGUUGUCUAGUGGCGAAAGUACGCCGGUAUCGGUUAGUGGCAGGAGUGAAUCGGUUGUUGGUAUGGAAGAUGAUGAUGAGAUUAAAGAAUGGGUUGCUCAAGUGGAACCUGGUGUUUUAAUUACGUUUGUUUCUUUACCUGAAGGUGGAAAUGAUCUGAAACGGAUUAGAUUCAGCCGUGAGCUGUUUAACAAGUGGCAAGCUCAACGUUGGUGGGCUGAGAAUUAUGACAAGGUCAUGGAACUAUACAAUGUCCGUAGGUUCAAUCGACAAGCAGUACCAUUGCCAAUCCCUCCAAAGUCUGAAGAUGAGAACUUAAAGCUUGAAUACGCUGAGAGUAGUCCUGUAACGCCUCCACUAACCAAAGAACGUCUCCCUAGUCACUUUCAUCGUUCAACAGGGGCAGGCCAGUUGUCAUCAGGCUCUCUUGAAAGAGAUCCAUCUUAUUACGAUGCAGGUGGUCUCACUUCGACCCCUAAGCUCUCCAGCAUCAGUGCAACUAAAAGUGAGAGACCAUCAAUGGAUGCUUCUGCAUGGACUAGUUCUUCAAGGGAGGCUGAUCGCUCAGGAGAACUGUCGGUUAGCAAUGCCAGCGACGUUGAAACUGAAUGGGUUGAAGAAGACGAGCCUGGAGUCUAUAUCACGAUUCGAGCGUUGCCUGGUGGUACUCGAGAGCUUAGAAGAGUCCGGUUCAGUCGUGAGAAAUUUGGAGAAAUGCAUGCCAGGUUGUGGUGGGAAGAGAACAGAGCCAGGAUCCAAGAACAGUACUUAUGAUUUAGGACAGAGCCAGGAUCCAAGAACAGUACUUAUGAUUUAGGACAUAGUUUGGAGUUCUUUAAUUUAAAUUCAUCCAUAAUUGGUAUCUCAGCGCUCCUUUAUUUGGCAUCAAUCCAAGUGCUACCCUUUGUUUUUUUUUCCCUCUUAAACUAGUUCUUAGGAUUUUUCUGGCGGUUGAAAAGUUUCGAGACGAGGAGGUUUAUUUGAGGGUGUGAUGAUGUGUAGUGAUUGUUAAUGAAGAAAUAUAGACAACUGUUGCGAAUCAGAUGAAACGUAGCUCGUGUUAAUAUAUCCUAGCUACUUUGCCAUGA